AUGCGACUGGCAGCUUUUGUUUUGGUGGCUGUAGCAUUUGCGAUCAUUCCUGAUGGACGAGUCUCCGCGGCAGCACUCGGACCUCCCGAGAGCAGUGAAGGUACUCACGAAACAGCAAGAUUGUUGCGGUUGAAUGCUGUGCCACAGCCUGUGGAAACCGGCAACCAAGAAGAAAGGACAAUUAACUUCGCGUCGAUUAAGAAGAUUGUUCCGGGUAUAGCGCCUUUAAAAACGCACAAGCACUUAAGGCGUCUCAAAAGGCAGCACUGA